UUCUCACAAACUAUCCUGAACAUUUAACGGGAAGAGAGGGAGGUCUAUAUAUAUAUACACACUUUGUGCUCUUUGUUAAAACCCACAAAAUCAAGCACCACUGAAAUCGACAAAAUCAACGACCAUGGAUUUUCUUCCAAUGGAAUUAAUAACCUCCGUUCUUACCUUCCUGCCUCCAAAAUCAGUCUGCCGCUUCAAAUGCGUUUCAAAAACAUGGAAUUCUCUCAUUUGUAGUACUGAUUUUGUUAGGCUUCACCUCACUCAAUCUCUAUCCUCCAAGAAUCGUUUUCUUGUGAUCAAUUCUUUGACCCACGGUCUCCGAUCCUUGCAUUUCAAAUCAGACAAUCAAUUCGAAGCAAAAUUUUUAAAUCUGAAACAAAUUCCACCUUUUUCUUCCAUUAACAACAUAGUUAGAAUUUUUGGAUCUUCCAAUGGAUUAAUCGCCUUAUCUUGUGAGUAUCCUGAUGAUUCUUUAUUUGUCGACAUUGUUCUGUUCAACCCCUCUAUUAAUUCAUAUUUUACUGUGCCCCAUUAUGAUCCACCUAAAAGUCUAAUUACUAUGAGUUCUGGGUUUAGUUUUGGGUACGAUAAUUUGAAUGAUGAUUACAAAAUUGUGAAAAUGACUGAUUAUCUUCCGCAUAAUAGUGUAUGGUUAAGGGAAGUUAAGGUUUAUAAUUUGAGAGAUAAUUGCUGGAAGACAGUCCAUAUUGAAUCUAUGAAUCAUAUGCGUUUGCAAUCAUUUUACGGAUAUGCUCUCAUCGACAAUAUAAUUUACUACAUAUUCAAUGCGCAUCUGGAAAAUAAUCCCCUGUUACGAGGGUUUGAUCUUGCAUCCUAUAAAUGGAGCGACAUUGCCUUACCAGAUUUUGAGGGUCAUGAAAUGAAAUGUACUGAUAUUGCUGGUUUAGGGGUAUUGGAUGAUUGUUUAUGCGUAGUGAGUUCAGUUUUGCCAGAAAAAGAGGGUGCUUAUGUAUGGGUGAUGAAAGAAUAUGGUGUUUGGAGUAAAUUGUUUGAUGUGAAUGACGCCAUUAAUGUUGGAGCUUUGAUUGGAGCUCCGAUUUCGUGUUCAAAUGGAGGAGAUGAACUGAUUUUGAAGAGACGAGAUGAAGAUGGUCUUCAUUGUUAUAAUAUUAGGAGCAAAGUGAUUAAACCUGUUACUGUGAUUUGUAACAGGUGUUAUAUUCGUGAUGUUUUUCUUUGCGUGGAAAGUCUUAUUUCUGCUGACAACGUGAUUGAAGUUGGAAAUGAAGAUGCAGAUAAUUGUGAUUUGUAAUGCAGAUUAAUCAUAUGAAUCUUG